UUGUUUGAAAAGCUUCAUUCAUUCAUUCAUUCCAUCGUCUGUCUGCUGAUGCGAUCGAUGCACGUCAUGCAUAUGGACACAUUCAAAACACUCUCUCUGUCUGUCUUCCCACAGCAACCGAACCACGCCAGACGACAGAUCUCACACCACGCCAGACGGCAGAUCUCACACGACGGACACAUGGAGCAUUGCAAUCAUUGCAACAAAACCAUGACGUCACCCCACGCAGACAGUUCCGACGAGCGGACAGACAGACAGACAGACAGACAGAGGGAAAAAGGACACACACACUGUUUCGCAGGGCCUAUAUCCUUGCGUCCCUGGAUCCCCGACCCUUUCUCAUCUAUCUCGCACCGGACGUCUGGAACUGGCGGUAGAGCUCUGCAAAGCUCUCGCUGCCCUGAUCGAAUCCAUUGCUUUUCGACGGCCGGUCGUCGAAUGAAGACGAUGAGCCGCCAGAGUAUGAGCCGCCAGAAUAAGAAUUCGAAGAGAACCUCCUGCCGCCGCCCCGACCGCCCUCAAACCCCCCUCCCCCCCGGCUGCGCGGUCCGCGCGAAAACGUCCUCUCUCGCCGACCGGCUCCUCCAAACUCAUUAUCCCGAUCGAAGCCGCCACUGCGGAACCUGCUGCCGCUGCCGCCUUGGCUGCCAUAGCCGCCAGCUCGGCCCCCGCGUCGUGGUCCGAAGCGGCCCUCGCCACCUGGCCCCCCGCGCCUGUCGCCGUACCUGCUGCCGCGUGUGAAGUCAUUGACGGUCUCUUCUUGCAAUGGUGGCAGUGAGUGGAUGGCGGCGAGAGAGAAGUCGUCGAAGAUGUUGGGGUCGGUGAUGUCCUCGGGGACGCCCUGCUCCUGGUACUUGGUCAUCAGGCUCACCAGCAUCUUGGCCGUGUCGCUGUGCACGUCAAACUGACACACAACACACGGUAAGUUCAGAGAGGCGAUGAGAGAGAGGCCCUGCGCUGCCCACGAAGGUCUGGCGGUGUUUCGCUAUUUACGUGUGAAUGUGAUGUGCCUCACUCACCACGGCGUGUUUCAUGUCUUGUGAGAUUCGGAUCUUGCCGAGGCGGCCCAGCGUGACGCGAAGGUCCUCAGACACACGAUGGAUCCAGUACAACACAUCCCUGAGAAGCCAGCAACAGAACACACACACACACCACCAGCCGGUUUGACACACACACACCAACCGUCCGUCUGUCUGUGACUGACUGACCUUGCGUCUCUCCAUCCCCUCUUUUGGUUGGUGAACUGCAUAGUGGUGUGGUCGGGCAUGCCAUUGAGCAGCGACCGCUCCACCAGCUCCUGCUUCUUGGCCAUCACCGCCAGACACCGCGCAAGCAACUCCUCCUGACCCAUUCCCACACCAUCAGACCGCUUCAACACGUCCCGGGCCGUCUCCAGGAAGAAGGGGAUCACCGGCCCCUCGACGGUGUCCAGCUGCCGGGCCACCGCGCUGGCAGACGACUCCAUGACGAGCUGUGUGGAGGGUGGCGGUUUGAUGUCGAACUUGACGCCGCAUGAGCUCUCGAGUUUGGAGAGCUCCCAUUUCUCCCGGUCCGAGUAGAGGAGGACGCAAGUGCCCUCCCUGCCGGCGCGGCCUGUCCUGCCUGAUCGGUGGACGUAGGCGUCGGGGUCCUUGGGGGGCGAACACUGCACCACCAGAUCCACAUUGCCCACAUCGAUGCCGCGGGCAGCCACGUCCGUAGCCACCAGCACCUUGAACAGACCUGAAGACAGACACAUACACACACGAUGUGGUGCACAGAGAGAGAGAGAGAGAGAGCGCGAUCUGGUGCGGGGCUCUUCCCACAGACCUUUUCUGAAUCUCUGCAUGGUGUGGUCUCGUGUCUGCUGUCCGAUGUCGCCGUGUAGCACAGCUGCGCUGAAUGCCUUGAAGGCCCCCUCGCUGGCCAGCUCGUCGGCCUCCCUCUUGGUCUGUGUGAAGACGAUCGUCUGACCGCCACGCGACUCGACAGCGACGAUGUCCUCGAGCACGGCCGCCUUGUCCUCGAUGCGCUCCGGCACUUGCACGGCGAUGUGACGCACCGAUGUGGCCGUGCGCUGGGUGGACUUGCCAACGACGUCGACAUCCAGUGGAUUCUUGAGGUACUGCCGACUCAUGUCCUUGACCCACCUGACGAUAUAUGCCAAACAGCACCGAUGACUGACUGCAUGUCAUGUCUGUGUCGUCCAUUAAUGGUGUGCUGCCCUGCCCACCUGGGUGUGGUGGCGCUGAACAUGAGCACCUGGCAGCUCCUGACGUCAAAGGAGCCGAAAAUCCGCUCAAUAUCCUCAGCAAAGCCCAUGUUGAGCAUCUCGUCCGCCUCGUCCAGCACCACGUGACGCAGACUGUCGAGCCGCAAGUGGCCCGACUGUAUCAGAUCCAGCAGCCGACCGGGCGUCCCCACCACAAUGUCCACGCCCUUGCGCAGAGCGUUCUCCUGCGGGCCGAACGGCACCCCGCCGUGGAUGCAGGUGAUGCCCAUCCUGUGCACGCGCGCCACGUCGCCUAUCUCCACCUCCACCUGCUUGGCCAGCUCUCGCGUCGGCUCCAGAACCAGGAUCUUGGGGUCUCUGUCGCGCUGCACUUCGGGGAUGGAUUCCUUGUCGGUUCUGAGUCUCUCGAGCAGCGGCAGGCCGAACGCGACGGUCUUGCCGGUGCCGGUGCGGGAGCGGCCGAUCAUGUCGCUGCCGUCGUAGAUGGGCGUGAAGGUCUGCGCCUGGAUAGGCGUCAUGUUGACGAUGUUCUUGCGUGCCAGCACGUCGGACGUCUUGCCGCUGAUCUGGCUGAAUGAUGCGAAGGUUGGCUGGUCGCGCGUGAGUGUGGUCAGAUGCUCGUCCUCGUCUUCGACGAUGGCCUCCUGCACCCACACAUACACAUACAGCAGCAUGGAGGAGAUGCUUUGCUUUGCUUGUAGUGGAGAUCUACAUAUGUUGUCUGAUGCACUACUCACAGGAAAGAGCAGUCUGUUUGGGUCUUCGACAACCAGCUGCAUUCGCAUGCCGGAUGAUGAUGACCCUCUGCCGCCGCUACCCCGAUUGACACGGCGCAGAAACGAUGAGGCGGGAAGCAACGACGGCGAGAAACCCACCACAUGAGCCGCCUCGUGCGCCAGUAGCAGAAGCACGACUGCAAGAGUGCUCAACAUGGUCCUGAACUCCAUUCUUCAAGUCAAAGGGCAGGAGAGGUGGCGGUCGCUGGUCGAUCUACGAG